ACCAAAGUAUGUACAUGGCUGACAGGAUUAGUUUUGUUAUGAUUGUUAGGUGUGUUGGUGGUGUUGAAGAUGCCACCAAUAUCGUAGCUGAUAAAUUAAGAGUAAUCAACAAUGGUUUUGUGUAAUAGAAGUUUUUAAGAGAGUAUAUAUCCAGUUUUUUUAUUGUUAGAACAAAAGCCGGUACCGCGCCAUGUUAAAGUGUCAAGCUCUAGUGUCAGUCUUUUGGUUUUGUAUAUCAACAACUCUCCUAGGAUUAUCUCUCCAAGCUGAGGAGGAGGGGAGAGUGGAAAUUGUGAGGAUAUCCGGAGUAAGCGACAUGAGACUUUGUGACAAUGCUUCUCUGGAGUGUGAAGUGCGGCCUUUAGACUCAUUAGUCUGGUGGACGUUUAGAGGCUACAACAUUACCGAGGAUGACAGGUUAAAAGUGAUAGCAAGAGAGUCGGGGGAAUCUGUUGUAAGCACCCUAACAAUACAGUGUGCUACUCUGGAUGACAUAGGCAACUACACGUGCCAUGCCUCUUCAUUUGAGUGGUUCGAAGAUCAGGCAUCUCAGAUCAUUCCAUUGGAUCUCACAAUUCCAGGUCAAGUGGUAUCUACCAAGGACGUGAGGGCGAAGAUAGGCGGUAGUGGUAACCUGUCCUGUUCAUUCACUGGUUAUCCUAUUUAUCAAGUGGAGUGGCGAAAAGCUAACCAGUCAAUUGAAGAGCCAAGGUGGAAAGUUGUGUUCGGGAAUGAAACUUUUCUGGAAACUGUGCUACCUCUGAGCAGACUGACUACUCAAGACAACGAUACUUAUCACUGCUCAGUUCUCAGCGCUCAAGGCAUAGUCUCAGCUCCAGUCCACGUCUUUGUUUUAGAUGCUCCUCAAGUGGCCAUAGAUGUGGUCAAGGUCGUUGGUGCUCAUAGAAUUUUUCUCAAUUGGACAGUCAAUAACGGCAACUCACCUAUAAAGGAAUAUAAUAUCAUGUUUAUGAAAAAUGGAACAAAUGAAUGGACAUUUACUAGAGAGCGAGUGAAAGUUACCAACACCAGCUACAUUAUAAAGAACCUGGAACCUGACACAAGUUAUAAAGUGAAACUGAACGCAGCGAAUGCCAUUGGUCAGGGCAAGGAUUAUACUUAUCCAGACUUUCUACGGACGCUAAAGAAAGAUCCAGACAUAGUACCAGUGCUCAAGUUCAAGGCGGGUGGAGCGGAUUUCAUCAAUGUGGGAUGGGAACUGCCAUCGGUAGAAGUGGAAGACCAUGUGCACUUCUACGAGCUGGAACUGACUAACAACACCACUCGGCUCAACACUAUUAGCAUCCAGUCAGCCGACAGUCAGAAUAUGUUCGUCUUUGAUAAGCUGUCCUCGGCAACCACCUACCUCAUCAGGGGAAGGGCAUGCAGUGAAUACACAUUUCAGUGCGGGAACUGGUCGGAAUACAUCAAUGGCACUACCAUGGACGGAGUAUCAGGCCCACCAGAAAAUGUUACUGUCAUCUGCAGAUAUGACAACAUAACACGCUCUAGUGUUGUUUUUGUCACCUGGACACCUCCAUCGCAACCCAACGGGAAGAUUGUGUACUACAAUGUAGUCCUCCAAGGAUCUGCAAGAUUCCGUAAUGAGAAAGGAGUAGAGGACCAUGUGACUUGGGGGCCUAAAGCAAAAAAUAUAAAUGAGAUAUUGCACUCGGCACGCUUCGAUAUGGUCCCUCCUAAUACCAAUUACAGUGUGAAGGUGGCAGGGGUGACCAGGAUCAGGGGUGGAGGGCUAGAGGCGGUGCAGCACUGUCAUAUGCCCCCCACCACCCCUGAUCGUGAGAAGCUCCGCAGCAUCAACUGGGGCAAGGUGGAGGAACACGGUCGCUGGCUGCUCAAACUGUUCAUGCCUAGAGUCUCUGAGAGGAACGGCCGUAUCUGCUGCUUCAGGGUAUUUGUGACGAAGCUAGAGCAGCACCAGAGUGUAGCAGACCUCCCACCCCCUCAGGACUCCCACAUAUACAGCUAUCAGGAGGUUCAUUACAACAAACGAGGAGGCACCUACCUAGCGGACAUGUUCGAGAGCGACGCCUUGAGCAGUGAUAUAUUCUUAGGGGACGGGCACACUAUUGUCUCCCCCACCAACCACUCAGCCUGUCAGCAAUGUGUAGGUUUACGGCCGCGCCCACCCACAGUGGCCUCACCCCUGCCUCCCACCACAGCCCUGCCUGCACCUGCAGCCCCCACCACCCCCGAGCAGCCCACCACAGCGCCAGUGUUAGCAGACAUUCCCUCACUGUACUCCGCCUCACUGAGAGAGCGGAGGUCUCCCACCACCGCCACUCCCUUGCCAGAUUAUGACACUCAACUAUACGACGGUCAGCUGGACACUAACAGCAACUACACCGGCUUUGUCGAGGUCAUCGUGUUUGGAGGGGAGGAAGUGCUGAUUCCAGCUUACAGCAGUUAUUUCGAGACACUGCAGCCAGGUCCGCAGGUGUUCCAUGCUGCAGAGUCUUCCCAAUUUCUCACAAUCAUACUAGAGGUAAUGAUCGUGCUGAUCCUUGUAGUGCUUAUACUACUAGUGUCACUUUGUCUUCUGCAGAAGUACACCAAGCAAGUUGCUGAAGCUCAGGGUGUGGAGAUAUCCCUUCGCAACUCUCUAAGGCACUUGUGCAGAUCGUUACGAGGCAGUCACCUUCCGGUGUCGUCGAGCCCCCCAGACAUGGCUCCUAUCCCGGCAAAUCAGCUGCCAGCUGCAUACCUGGAGAGGCAUCGAGACUCUGACUACGGGUUCCAGCAUGAGUUUGAGCUGUUACCCGACAGUUUUCCUGACAGAACGACCCGGGCCUCUGAGGCCCGGGAGAACAUGUACAAGAACCGUUACCCUGACAUCAAAGCGUACGACCAGACACGGGUUCGACUGGCUCAGAUUGAUAGUAUUGCUGGAUCGGAUUACGUCAAUGCUAACUUUGUUGUAGGAUACAAGGAAAGGAAAAAGUUCAUUUGUGCUCAAGGUCCGAUGGAUAACACAGUCUGUGAUUUCUGGAGGAUGAUUUGGGAACAGCAUUUGGAGCUAAUCUUGAUGCUGACAAAUCUGGAGGAAUAUAGCAAAACUAAAUGUGCCAAAUACUGGGCUGAUAAAACAGAAGGAGAAAAAACAUACGGUGAUAUAACAAUUAGUCAUGUGCAGGAAAAGCGAUACUCAGAUUAUAUAAUAAGAGAACUAAAAAUGGUUCGAACAUCCGGGGGAAGUAAAGAGAGGGAAAGUAGGAGCAUCAUCCAAUAUCACUUUUUGGUGUGGAAAGACUUUCAAGCUCCAGAACACCCCUCAGGGAUCCUAAAGUUCAUCAGGAGAGUAAACGAAGCUUACUCUCUGGAGAAAGGUCCAAUCCUAGUUCACUGCAGUGCCGGAGUAGGAAGAACGGGAACUCUAGUGGCACUGGACUCGUUACUACAGCAGCUGGAGGCCGAAGGCCAAGUAGCCAUCUUCAAUACUGUUUGUGAUCUUAGGCACCAGAGAAAUUUUCUAGUCCAAUCAUUGAAACAAUAUAUUUUUGUAUAUCGAGCACUUCAAGAAGUUGCACAAUUCGGAAACACAGAAAUUAAAGCUUCAAAAUUAAAAUCAUCGUUAGAAAAAUUAAGGCAAAUUGAUAAUGGCAAAGAAAAAUCAAAAAUGGAAGAAGAAUUCGAGAAAAUGAUUCAAGUGGUGGAGGAGCGAAAAUCACACAGUGUUGGAGGUGGGGAGGAAAACUCGGUCAAAAACCGUAAUGAAUUUGUUAUACCAUAUGACAGGAAUCGAGUGAUUCUCACACCUGUUCCAUCUCGUGAACAUUCAACGUACAUCAACGCUUCUUUCAUUGAGGGAUACGACAACUCAGAGUCCUUUAUCAUCACUCAAGAUCCCAUCUUGGAGAUCACAGUUGCCGACUUCUGGAGAAUGAUAUCCGAACAAGGCAUAAACACGCUAGUCAUGCUUUCAGAUUUGGGGGAGGGACUGCGCAAGUGUCCGAGGUACUGGCCAGACGAUGAGGUCACCCACGAUCACAUCAGGGUCAAGUACAUCCAGAGUGAGAGUUGUCCGUAUUACACACGCCGCGAGCUCUGCGUUACCAACAUCAAGACUGAGGAGAAGCAACAGGUGACCCAAUACCAAUACAACGGGUGGCCGACGGUGGAAGGGGAGGUACCGGAGGUGACGAGGGGACUGAUAGAACUAGUAGACCAGACGCAGGCUGGCGCCGGCACCUCUGCCAUUGUUGUCCACUGCCACUGUGGUUCCGACCGCAGCUCCAUGUUUGUUGCGCUCAGUGUGCUAGUGCAGCAGGUGCGCACGGAACGCCGUGUCGAUGUGUGCACCACGACGCGCAAGCUACGUGCUCAGAGGCAGGGCAUGAUUCAGACAUUUGCUCAGUACGAAUUCCUCCAUCGUGCAAUCGCCAACUACGCAGAUCUGCACCAGCUGACUUCGGACGACGCAGACUAGAUAGUGAGAGAACAUUCGGUGAUACAAUCUCAGUGUUUUGUAACUUUUCUAAUAAUUUGUCUACUUUUUACAUCUCGAUGACAAUUUAUGUACAAACCAUAUACUGUAUAGGUAGCUUUUAAAUGUGAUGACCAAACCAUUUUACUUUAUAUUUAAUUUUAAAUAUGCUGUUCUAAGUUAUAGAUUAUCGUAUCAUAGUUAUAGAUCAAACCUAUGGUUCCCUGUAGCAAGUUUGUCAUCGGAUAUUGAAAAAUUAGUUAAGUAUUUAUUUUCAUAACUGUUCACUGCAGUAAUUUUUGCAGUAUAGUUCGUGUGUUGUUAAAAUAACAUUUAUUUAUAACCGAAAUCCUUGGAAACUUUUCAUUGAAGUCAUAUAUCAAUUUUUUUAAAGUUUAAAUUGAUUACUUUGUGCAUUUAAAUAUGAAUGCUUAGAAUACUCCUGAUAUAAGAGAUUUCCAGAAGUGUUUCACAAUACAGGUUAGUGCUCAAUGUGACAUUGUGCAUUUAUUACUGCAAUCUAAGCAGUCAAGUACACUGCCAAUGUUUAUCUGUAUGUGAGGUACAGUUUGGCUUGUUUGCGGUUGUUCAGUAAGUGAAUUUCAAUAACUGUUAUACAUGUAUAAGUAUCACUUAGGUGCUCACAAGGGACUAUUAAGUGUUUUAUAAUUGGAUUUUCCUUUCCAUAUGAAAUUUUUGCUUAAAUGACGGCUUUAAAAUGUUCUUGAUUCCCCGUAGAGUCCCGAGAUUUGUUAAAACAUAUAAUUGGCUCCUUUAACUUAAGACUGUGACUGAUCAGAUGACUAGUUACUGUGUUCUCUUAAUAUCCAUGCUAACCCCUUGGAUGAUGUAUGGAUAAGGUCUAAGAUGUCACCAAGAAGUGAAGGAAUGGAGAACCUCAUGGUAGAGUUCAGACUCCACAUGUAACUGUUAGACUACAUUAUGACUGUGACUACCUUCAUUGCCUACGCUUGCAAAAUUAUUACUCAGGUUAAAAUGUUUUUUAAUGGUCUUAAGGUAUGUUUACAGUAAAGAGUAUAUUAAAAAGUCAAAAAAAGAGUACAACUUAAAAAAAAUUGUUUUAUCUAAUUUUACUUUACAGUAAAAAAAAGAACAUGAUGUUGGUGUCUGUCAGAAAAUGUCAAAAUGCUCAUCUAUAUAUUACUAACAUAGACAGAAAGCCGUUAUAUGAUUUUGCUUCUUACGAUAUUAGUCGAGCAUGGGCUGUAAAACCUUUAAGGGAUUUUUGCAAUUAUCAAAUUUCAUUAUUAGUAAUAAGCAGCAUUAUUGGAAAAUUUAUGUAUUCUAUAAUAGAAAUCGGAAAUAAAAGUUAUAUAAAUAUG